GGCCCUCGCCGCUUGUCCAACUUCGCCGACUUGCCCAAACAUGAAUCUGAACAGCGCCUCGAUCGGCAUCCGGAGAUACGGGGACUUGGUCUUGUCGCAGGAGGGGGGAACACAGCAGCCGCCCCAAGAAGAUCCGAGGCCCCCAUUCUACACGAGGCCCAGGACACCUCCUCGGCCUAAUCCUCCCCCCACGAACGCGGGCGAAGGUCAAGAGACGGACUCGAGUCCGAACCAAACUUCAUAAGGCUGAGUGAGCAACGCUUCCAUAGCCCGUCCUAGUGUGGAGGCAUGCCGACCAUAAAGAAGGCCGGCAGUUUCAACUAGCGUUUCUCCUCCCCCCCGACUCGCUCGGUGCGGGAACCGGCAAUUUUGAGGACCCGCGUCGAACAAGCGAGAUGCGGUCCGGUGGCACAGAUUGACCUCACUUUAGUGGCACCAAGUGUUUCCCCUCCCUCCAUCCCCUAACGCACGCUUCCAUUCGUCGACCACAAUGUUCGCCCGUUCACUAUCUUGUUUUUGCUUCUCUCACACCGCCCGCUGCAAAGAGUGGUAGGAGCGAGUUAUCCGCCCCUGCUGUUGCCGACUUGAGGUCACGAAUACCUAUACGUAUAUACCCAGGCUACGUUUUCAUCUCGUUUCCAUUGCCUGUCUGUUUGUCCUUGGGCUUUGUCGUCUGGUCGUAACUGCAUUAUCAACCCAUGUUCUUUGUGUUCU